UUAAUGAUUGUAAGUGAGUAUUAUUUGAAAAAUAUACAACAAAAAGAAAACAGAAAAAUAUUAGAAGAAAAUAUAUCAGAUUUAGCAUUAUUAACCUUUGAGACUUUAGAUGCUUUAGAAUUUCUUCACAAAAGUAAUCUAAUUCAUCGAUGUCUUUCUCCUAAUUGUAUUUUACUUGAUAGUGAGAAUCAUGUGAAGCUAGCAAAUUAUGGUUUAUAUUAUAUGACUGAAUGUGGCGCUUGUGUGUCAUUUCCGAUAGGUAUACCUAAAUAUCUUGCUCCUGAAACAUUAAUGGGUGAUGUUCCAGGCAAAAGCGAUUAUUCUUUUCCAUAUCCUUUACCAUCAGGACCAAAAAGUGAUAUCUGGUCUUUAGGAAUUAUAAUUUUAGAAUUAGUUUUAGGUAAAGAACUAUGGGAACAUUGUAUUAUAGAUGAAAUAUUUCAAGAAAUUUUAUUAUUAGUUAAACUAGAUUCUGGUCAAAGUGUUUUAUAUACAAUAGCUAAAGAACAUGAUGUUAUUCAAAAGCUAGAAAAUAUGCCUUCAACUCUUAAAUCUUUUUUAGAAUCUUGUCUAACAACAGAUCCACUAAAGAGACCAAAUGCCUCUAAGUUACUAGAACAUGAAUUUUUUAAAGAACAUGGAUUAGAUGAUUCACAUAGAAUAAAAAUCAUAAAAGAAUCUUUUCCUUCUAUUGAAUUGAGAUGUCGUUCUUUGAUUUUACCCAAAAAUGUUCCAAUAAUUUGAAAUGAAGAAUUUAGGACAAGCGUUAUUAGGUUCAUGGACAUUUUUUGCUUCACCACAUUCUGUUGAUAUUUGUGGAAUAAAUGGUCUGCCGUUAACUCCCAAUUCUAUUCGAAUUCUUGGUCAUUUUCAAAAAUUAAAAACUCUUAAUCAUGAUCGUCUUUGUAAAUAUCUUGAUGUUAUUAGAGGCA